AUGGCUGAUGUGUGGUUUGUUCUUGUUAUUUUUUUUCUCAUAUUCGUUAUCUGCUUCAAAAUAAAUCAUUUUUCAAAGCUGUAUUCAUUUGAAGUGUACAAAUAUAAUAAAAUUAUGAUAGCUGUAAUUAAAAUGUCGGAAGGAAAAAGACGUCGCUGUCAGUUCUGUUGGGCUAUGGUUCCGUGGAAGGAGUCGACUGUUAUCACUUCGAGCAAAACAGGAAGAGAAAAGUGGAUUGAGGCGUUGGGAGAAGGAUUCAGGAAUCAAUUGGAGAAAGUCGGAACUCGACGAGCCUACAUUUGUCGUUUUCACUUCCCAUCCGGAGAAGUUCAUGGAAGAAGAUCUGUAUAUUCGCUUCCUAGACUCGCUGCUGAUGGUGAUGUUGCUGAUACAUCUAAUUUAGAUUUCUCCGAAG